AUGGCACUUAAGCUCGCUUGGAUUGUUCAAGCGCUGGUAGCAUUCCACGCCUACCCAUCCCUCGGCUUCCAGCAUGUACUUCCACGAAAUAUCAACCAGAAGCCAACGCGUGUCCUCGGAGGAGUCACGGUCAUCGACACGCCACUCGUACGUGCCGCUCAAGCCAUGGCCUGCCAGUACAGCGAGGACUACCUCUUCAACCAUAUCAUGCGGACCUGGCUCUUCGGCGCGCUCGUGAUCAGCCACAACACCACACUGCAACAAACCGUCGACCUCGAAGUGCAUGCUAUCGGCUCCAUGCUGCACGACCUCGGCCUCGUGCUCAACGCGUCCUGGGUCAGCCACGACCGCCGCUUCGAAGUCGACAGUGCGUUCGCAGCUACCGACUUCGUCGAGGGCCAAGUCGUGCACGCGCCUGAGGGCUCUGCCUGGGACGCCCAUCGGUUGCAGCUACUGUUUGACUCAGUCUUGCUGAGCUCGGAGCCGAAGUUCUCCUUGUAUAAAGAGGCGACAGUUGCGUCCCAACCGUUUGGAGAAGCUUUCGUGCCCGGCUAUUCCGCAGUUGGAUCUCGGAUCUUCGACAUCUUUGCAUGA